AAAUGCAUGCUGCGCUGGUCAAGAACAGAUAAAACUCUCAUGUCACAGGAGAGCUGGCGGGUUAUAUAAAAAAAGAAGCAACAGCAUCUCUCUGAUAGCUCGUAACUAAUAUAAAUAGCUUACAGGCUAUUUCAUCCGAAAAUGUUUGUAGCUCAGAGCAUUGCAGCGGAUCAUAAAGAUCUCAUCCAUGAUGUUUCCUACGAUUUUCACGGCCGUCGGAUGGCGACUUGUUCGAGUGACCAAAGUGUCAAGGUUUGGGACAAGAGUGAAACCGGGGAGUGGCAUUGCACAGCCAGCUGGAAGACUCACAGCGGAUCAGUCUGGCGAGUGACGUGGGCGCACCCGGAGUUCGGUCAGGUACUAGCUUCGUGCUCCUUCGAUCGGACGGCGGCCGUGUGGGAGGAGAUCGUGGGCGAAUCCAACGACAAACAGCGAGGACAGAGCCACUGGAUAAAGAGGACCACACUAGUAGACAGCCGGACGUCGGUGACGGAUGUGAAGUUCGCCCCGAAGCACAUGGGCCUGGUGCUGAGCACGUGUUCCGCCGACGGCGUGGUGCGGAUCUACGAGGCGCCGGACGUGAUGAACCUGAGCCAGUGGUCGCUGCAGCACGAGAUCUCCUGCAAGCUCAGCUGCAGCUGCAUCUCCUGGAACCCCUCCAGCUCCCGUGCCCAUCCCCCAAUGAUUGCGGUGGGCAGCGAUGAUGGCAGUGUGACCUACGCUGGGAAAGUUCAGAUCUACGAGUACAACGAGAGCACAAGGAAGUACGCCAAGGUGGAGACGCUCAUGACCGUAACGGACCCGGUGCAUGACAUCGCCUUCGCCCCGAAUCUAGGGCGGUCCUUCCACGUGCUCGCCGUAGCAACCAAAGACGUUCGCAUCUUCAAGUUGAUUCCUCUGCGGGCGGACGUGGCCUCCACUACCGGGCCCACCAGGCUGGAGGUGCAGAUCGUGGCCCAGUUCGACAGCCACAACUCCCAGGUGUGGCGCGUGAGCUGGAACAUCACCAGCGCCCUGCUAGCCUCCUCUGGGGACGACGGCUGCGUGCGCAUCUGGAAAGCAAACUACAUGGGCAACUGGAAGUGCACAGGGAUCUUGAAGGGGGAUGGCAGUCCGGUGAACGGGACGUCCAGCCAGACAGGCGCUCUGAACCCUGGGACAGGGCUCCCAGGUGUGGCAUCCCAGAAUUCCUUAGAUGGAACUUCAGCUGGAAGGUAUUUCUUUUCCUCUCUGGACCCCCAAUGGGCUGGUUCAAGACACGCCCACCUCCCGCCUCCCCCCGCUCUCAUAGAGCAAGCUAGCGAUAGCGACUCUGCUAACCCUCAGCAGUCUCACCUAUGCUGGCAGUACCCUGCUCAACCCCUAAACACCUUACCAGAAGGUGAAGGAUUAUGAAAGGCUUUAUAAUCAGAGUGAUACUGGAGGCCUUGCAUAUACCUGUAGUUCUGUGGCUUCUCUUUUUUGGUCAUUUUCUUCCUUUUC